UGCACUUAGUCUUACCAAAAGUGGGAAAGGGUUUUAUUAAUCCAUGGUCAGAGCGCAGGACAAAGCCUGUGGGCAGGCACCUUGGCCUGGCCACUGCCAGCACUCGAUGCGCAGCGGCCAAGAAGGUCCAACCCAUCCUUGGGGCACCGUGUCCCCGUCCCCUUGGUUUCCCUGUGGAGCCGCUCCUGAGCUGCAGGUGCAGGGUCAGGCAGGCUGUGCCCAUCUCGCUGGUUCACCCCGCGGGUUUUCAGCGAGCAGGCAACGCAGGCGCCUCGGUUUCCCUGCGGAGCCCUGGGAGUGUGGCGGCCCUGAAGACCGGCAGCGCUCCAGUCCCACCUCUGGCUCUUGCUGUCCCGUGUUUGAGUGGGGAAGCCAAGCGUGUGCGCCUGGGGCAGCUGAACCACAGAUUCAGAAUCAACAAGGAACCAGAGAGAUGGAAGCGAUCCGCAAGGACCGCGGAAGUCCAACUCCUGGCCUGCGCAGGGCGCCCGCAAGAGUCACACCACGUGCCUCAGAGCCUUGUCCAAACUCUUCCUGAGCUCGGACAAGGCCGGUACCGGCAGGCCCGUCCCAGUGCCCACCACCGUCCCACAGCCCAUCCCACACGGACCCGCGCUCCCGCGCGCACUCCCGUGUCCCCACAGGACGGGCGGCCCCGCCCCCCCGCGCAGGCGCGGCCCGGGGCGGCGGGGGCAGCGCGCGCGAAAUUCCAACGGCGCGGCGGGCGCGGGAUUGUGAAAUGGCUCAGGACACUACAGUGCCCAAACUGAACUUUGAAUAUUGGUUGGAUAAAGCUAUUGAAUGGGGUCAAGCCACUACGUUGGAAUCCCAGAAAGAUGUGUGUCUUCACUUGCCCCAGCUCCAGGAAUUUCUACAUCAGCUUUAUGAAACAAUAAAACAUUUGCAGGGUUCCACUGUAGCAAUCCAACAGUUUCCCUUCAUUGGACAGCUUCUAGGAAGGCUCUGUUGGAAUCCUUUUGUUGUAGGAUAUGAUGAAAGCCAGAAGGCUCUGAUGUGGUGCUUAUGUUGUCUGUACAGCAGUGAACCACAGAAUGCUGUGGAACUGAAGGCCAACAGCUGGAUACGAAGUUUGCUGUGCCAUCUCCUUUGUUCUUCUAAGUGGGAAAGUAAUGAAGCAGAAACCAGUACAUUCAUAUCAGCUCUGGGCUACACGUCAGCAGAUUAUUAUUGUCACUUGGUGAAAAAUAUGGUCGUUUCAUUAAUAACAGAACUCAGAGAAAACCAGUUCAAUGGACUUAAUAUUCAGGAGAGCACUUCAGCCAGUCGUGUGAAUGCUGUGUCCAUUUUCUGUGUGCCUCUCAUUACUUUGCCUGAUCUAACUCCAUUGCUGGAAACUCUCCUUCUUUACCAUGGAGGUUCAUCAAAAGAAAUUCUCAGUUCAGAGUUUCUAGAGGCUGUGAAUGAGGCCUUUUUAAAGAAGAAGAUCUCCCUUCCUGAAUCAGCUGUCUUCAGCCUUUGGCUUCGUCACUUACCAAGCCUUGAAAAAGCUACCUUGCAUCUUUUAGACCAGUUGUUUUCCAUUCAGUUGAAUUCACUGGAAGAAGUGGCUCGUGUCAUAAAAGACUCAUUGCUGCCACAAGCAGCAAGCCAUCCUGCUAUUUUCAGAAUUGUAAAUGAAAUUUUCAAGAGUGCACUGAUGGAAACUGAUGGAACUUCAGAAGUUAUGACAAUAAUUCAAGUGUUUACACAGCUCUUCCUUCAGGCUCAUCAGAAUGAAUACAAACAGCAUAAAUUUCCACUGAAGGCCUACUUCCCAUACCAUCACCAGCCUCUUGUUAGAGGUUUAAUCAGACGUCCUUUUGAGCUCCCAACAACAUACUGGUCUCAACACUUGAAACACAUUUCGGAUAUGGUCAAGGCAUUAGUGGAAGAUACAAACGUUAGUUCUCCCACUGGCCUCUUUGAAAUCUGGUUUUUGGUUGCUUGUUUUGGAGAGUGGGUGGAUAUUGCAGCAGAACAGUUACUGAAGGCUGCUGUAGAACCAGAUGCUGUGCUGUGGCUGCUGGCAUUUUACUACUGUCCUAAGAAUGAAAAUCAUCAAAGGACUCAAACAAUGGUAGAAGCUGAGGCAGUCUACAAUCACCUAAUGAUGCUGUUCAGCUGUGCAGACCUUUCUCUCAAAGACCUGGAGGCUGCUGUACACAGGGUAACAGGUAUUGAGCAGUGUUGUAACCAGCGCCUUACAACACAUCUUCUGACCAACUUUUUGCUCUUUUCACCUGGUGGACAUAAGCUUGCCCAGGAAUGUAUUUACCAUAUUACUGAGACAACUGACACAAGCAAAGAAGUUUAUAACCUUCUUACCCGUACCGCAUACAGAUUUAGCUAUAGUGGAGAAGAAAACCAAAGGACUGUGAAGCUGCUGAAUGAACUUCUUCAAAAACUUACAUUGAAAGUUUAGAAUUUGAAUGCCAUCUAUUUAUCAAACCAACAAAUCAGAUUUUUAUCCAUUAGCACUGAUGGUUACCAAGGGCAGAAAGACACCUAUAUAAGCUAUAGCUGCUAAUUUACAUUCCCUCAUCUGUAUUGAAAAAUAAUCUAUGGUUUGGAAAUGUUAAUCUUUUGAAACCUAAUUGUAAAUAUUAAAGAUGCUUUACAAUUUUGUUCUGAGUACCUUUUGUAACAAGAGACCUACAUAAUUUAAAGCAGUUCACUCAUCUCCUUGUUGUUUAUCUGGCUGAGGAUCUGUUUUUCUCCCAAAUUACGCAUGUGGGUUUUUUUAAGCAAGUAAUAUCGAGUUGCUUGAUUGGGAAGUUGUUACUAAAAUGUUUUGUUCUGUGCUUUUGCUUUUAUGAAACUAACGAUGAUCUCAAGUGAUUCAUGGUGUUCUCAGGAAAUCAGUGAGUGAUGUUUCCUGAGCUCUUUCCUUCUUUUUGAAAAUGUUUCCAGAAUGAAACUCUUCCCAGAUCUGCUAGAUGUGAGAGGUUUUUCAAUACUGCAGCUUUCACAGGACAGUGUUCUCCUCUAAGUACCAUACCAAUAGCUGGUCUUUAUCAACAGGUACUGCAGGUAUAAAGUUGCUUGCGGUACAGCCCACUUAACAGUGUGCCAUGACUGAUGCUAUUAUUUAUUCAUUUAAGAAAUAUGGGGUUAUUAUUCAGACAGAAGAGGGCAAGCAAAACAGAGACAUAUGGACAUUUUCCAGUUGGAAGGGACAGAUUUCGUAUAAAGGUUGCAACUUCAUUUUUGUGUCCAGCAGUAAUUUGCUUACUUCUUUGUUUAGGUUUUUGUCUCCUGCAAGGAGCACAGACAGGUAGCAAUGGCUUAUGUUUUUUACCCUUAGGAAAGUAUUUUUCCUAAGAAGUUUUGUGAAACUGUCUCUAGCUUAACUAAAAAAUUAACCAUGGAGAACAGUAGUGACACAGCAUCCUAACUUUCCUCAUCAGUUUGUUUUCCUAUAUUACUUAUCUUUAAUGCCAACAAUGUGCUAUGCUACUCAAAGAUGCUAUUUGGAAUACUGUUCUUGCAUAUAAAAUCCAAGACAUGUAGCUUGAAUUAAUAAAGCUUUUUGAAUGCAGCAUUUGUUUUUGAGCAAGGGGAAAGAAAAACGGUGUACUUAGU